AUGGAGCAUUAUUUUAAGGUGGAGAUAGAGCAACUGAAAAUACGAAAUCGUGGGGUGAAUGAAGGUGGGGAAGGACAUGAGGACCUCGGUAGUCCUCAUAUGAAUGAAGGAGCAGCCGAUGACUUCUCACCUCCACAUGAGUAUGUUAGUCCGCCUACAGAACUAGCAGUAAUGGAAACACAAGUCCCUGCUGAUGGAGCCGAACCUUCCGCAGCCAUGGUAGUCGAAGAGGCAGCAAUGACUGCUUCAGUUGCUGACUUAGAAGUGCAUGAAGCAGCUGAGCAGGCACAAUCCGAGAAGCUGCCUACCCCGGAAGAUGUGGCAGGGUGUGACGAAAUUUGCCAAAGAGUGUUGUUUUUGUUGGAAGAUUGGAAAAAGACUCAGAGUAUGCCAUCGGGAGGUCCAAUGAAUCCUCCAAGUCUACCCACAGUUAGUAUGGCUGGUGAUGAAGAAGGGAGUUUGAGUGUUGAAAAAAAGGAAGUGGAAGGUAAAGGGUGUAGACAGAAGCGCCCGGUGCAGACAUUGUUGAGCCCAUUUACUGAUCCUUUGAGGAAGAAGAGGACGAUGAGUGUGUCGACCGCGAUUGCAACCCCGCCAUGUUUUGAUCCAACAAAACCCGUGCCCAUUGAAGAUGUGAAGGCAAUAAUAGAGUUUUGCACUGCCUGGAAAAACGAUAUCAGUGCGGAGGUGCAGCUGGAAUCAUUUUCAGUGGGCGCAGAUUUUUUCUACAAACUUAUCGAUGACACGGAAUGGGUUAGCUCAAGGCACCUGGACAUGGCAACCUUUCUUAUCCGGAAAAGGCAACUCUCUCAUCCGUUGGUAUUUGGAAUUGACUGGACAACGGCAGAUUAUUGCUUGUAG